GGCUCGGAGGGCGAAGCAACGCACACACACACGCAACCUGCUGCAGCGCUAUUCAACGAAUAAGGACGGCAAAGCAUCGGGUUAAUCCGCUCGACGGUGGCACACUUUUCAAUCGUACUCGUGCUUUUCAUCGCAUCGGAAGUGUACGCAUCAUCCCGUGCCCGUUGGUGGUGAACAAACCGUGCUCACGAAUCAAUUACGCAGCCGGAUAGUGUGUGUAUGUGAUUUUGUAUGCGCGUGUGCAAGGGAGGGUAUGUGUGCGGGCGUGUAGCACAGGUGGGAUUGUCUUGGCGAAACCGUUUUUAUCGUAUCGUACCCUUCGAGAUCCUUAGGCGAGAGUGGCCUUUGUGUGGUGAAAAGAGGUGUCCAUCACCAGUUCAUCAACAAAACAGAGACCGUGUGAUUGCCAAGUGACGUUGAGUCACGAGUGUUUUAAACACAUUUUUGUUUGCGUGAUGUUACAAGAUUUCCAGGAACUGUAACGAGCAGCCUACCGAGUCAUCAAAAUCCCAAGGAGCAAAGGGAAACUACGACGGUGUUGUGCAGGAGUAAAAGAAAAGGAAGAUAAUCGCAGCAAGCGAGUCUAGCCUGCAGCAUAGUAGUGAAGUGUGUUUGUAAAGUGUGUAUCUGCCGCGGUCUGGCCUGUGAGUGCUUGAUUUCCGGUAGUAAAAAUUGUUUUCAGUGAGUGUGUGUCUGCGUGUGUGUUGCCGCUAGCCAGGGCGACUAGUGACUAGUGACAAGUUGUCCCCUUUAUUAGCGUCUCAUUAUCAUCAGCCAUCAAUCGUUGUCGGAAUAGCGCACGCAGUGAGUUGAGAAAGUUCAAGAUGCAUAAGCUGUGGUUUACCUUCACGGUGUUCCUGGUGCUGGCCACGAUCGGCUCGUACGCGGUCGACGCCAAAAAGAAGCUGAUCAACAACAAGUACGGCGAUGGUGACUUUGAGUUUAUCGAUGAGGAUGACAAGAGCAACCAGCAGUCGCAACAAUCGAUGGAUUCGGGAUCGUCGAUGCAGAUGAAGCAGGACCAGCAGCAGAUGAUUCCCGAAAAGAAAAAGUGGAUUCACGACCCUUCAAGUGACCUCUGCAAACCGCUCAACUGCAAGAAGAAAGAGCUCUGCCUGCUGGAGGACGCGUACACGGCCGUCUGCGUUUCGAAGAAGGAACUACACAAGAACAAAUUCAUCAGCAGCUAUAAUUCACUAGCAAACAGGGAGGAAAUCAUUACCAAGAGCAAAUACUUCGAGGAGGAAGAGGCCAAACGUAAAGCUGACGCGGAAGCAGCUGCUGCAGCGGCCGCCGCCGCCGCAGCCGCAGCAAACUCUGGUUUGAGCGGUGCCGGCGGAAGUGUCGGUGGUGUUGCCGAUACUGGCAGCAUGACGUUGAUGGCGGCUAGUGGCGAUAGUACCACCGGAAGUAACGCAAACGAUGGUACGAGCAGCGGGCUGGAGCACGAGGAGCGCGAGGAUGACGAGAGCUCAUCGCAGGAUGACGACGUGUUUUAUGAUAGUGAGAAGGAGGAGGACUGCAAACCGUGCCCGGUGGUGAAGCCCACUUAUCUGUGCGGCAGCGACAACUGGACCUACUCGUCGCUCUGCCGGCUCGAGUACCACAACUGCAUUCACACGACGGAAGUGAAGGUCAACUGCAUGGGUUUCUGUCCGUGUAAAGAUGCGAACCUGCUUCUUGAUCUGAAAAAACAGCAACGGAUGGCUGACCGGAUGAGUGCGUUCAACGCCAAGUACCAGCGGACGAUCGACAGCAAUGACAUCAACGCAGACAACCUCAUUCCGUCCGGCAAGCAGCAACAGCAGCAGCAGCUCAAGGAGGAAAAGAACCGUCACUACAACCACAUCAACUCACAGUACACUUUCACGCCCGAGGAGAUCAAGUACGACAACAAGCACUACAAGUACAUCAAGUACACGACGUACAAGGGCAAGCCUUCAAUGCCGACAUCGCGUCAGUAUGAUGGUUACGGUUCGUCCGGCUCGACCCGUAUGACAGGCGAGGACAAGCACAAAAUCCGAGGAUACAACGAGGUCCUCGAUAAGCCGGCCAGCAGCACCGGUAACACCAAUAACGGCAACAUCAAACCAUCCAAACUAUCCGGUAGCGUGGCACGUUAUCCGAUGAAAUCGAGCGAAUGCAAACCACAGCAGCUGACAGCCAUCGGCAACCGGCUGCUCGAUUGGUUCUCGGUAAUUAUGGCGGACAGCAAGAAGCGGCGCCAGCAUCAGCAGCAAAAGAACAAGGUACAUUUCCCUGCCGCCUGUAAGCUUGAGGCACGCUGGAUGUUUGGCCAUCUGGAUCUGAACAACGAUGGGGAGCUGUCGACGCAGGAGCUGUACGAUCUGGAGCAUGAUCAGAACGAACGGUGCAUCAAACCGUUCAUCGAUACGUGCGACCUGGACCAGGAUAAUACGAUCGAUCCGCGCGAAUGGUGCCGCUGCUUCGAAAAAACCGAUCGCCCGUGUGCUGCCGUUCGGCGACGUCUCGGCAAUGAUCUGAGUGGUUCGUACGCACCCGAUUGUGACAGUCAAGGAUUUUAUAAGCCUACCCAGUGCCACCAGGCAGUAGGUGUGUGUUGGUGUGUGGAUGAACACGGUGUCGAGUUUGCCAACACGCGCACCCGAGGAAAACCUAACUGUGAAGAAAUCAUAAAUAAUGCCACAACACUCAACUCCGACGACGAGGACACGGAGGACUCGGAUGACGAUGACGACAGCCAGGAGGGUAGCGCCGAUCGUCUGCUGGUGUUCUAAGGUGGAUGUUGCGCCAGCAUACUGAAAAGGGUGUCGUUCCUUUAAGAUUUCUUCCAGCUCUCUUUUACCGAAUGUGUUAGACUGCAUUCUAUGAUGGGUUUGCAUUAUUUAUUUUGAAAUGUAAAACAACCAAAGCGAACAUUCGUAAACAGCGAACCAACCAUUUAUGUUAACCAUCCCAGCAGAAGAAGAAAACCCCACUAACUUAAUAUUAUGUAAGAAUGAGUGUAUUGAUUAAUGAAAACGUAUAAGCAAAACAACCAGUAUAGUAGACAAAUCAUCUCCCAUUCUCCCGUCCUCACACUCUAGAAAAAAGAAACCAGCGUAUGGUGAUGGUGAUGUCUCGUAAUAUUUCUCACCCAGAAAAGGGUAUCCUUCCAUUUUGGUUUUCUCUUUCCUUCUUUCUCCCUCAGUCUCACUCUCGCGUGUGUGAGUAUGUGCUUUUUCAAAAAAAAAUAAUUCCCGUCCUAUGGCAGAAGCGUUGUAAAGUACGUCGCUUUUUGUUAUUGUUGUAAAACAUCGUGUGUGUGUGUGCGUAGCAAAACAAUUCAUAAGUUUAUGCAACUUUGAAUCCAUUUGUCUCAACCUCUUAUGUAAAAAAUGAGAAAAAAAGCAACAACGUAUCAAUAUGGCGAAAAUGAACGGCUAGAGGAAUACGUACGCUUUCAUCGGCACAUUCAAUUGCAAAUGCGCUACCAACGCAAGGGAGAAAGAAUGAAAGAAAAACUAAGGAAAGAACGGGGAAAAAAGAGAAACAACUAACCUUAAAUUUUUAGAUAAUAAGCCAAGCCACUUCUUUAGUGCUAUCCGUCUUUACUCUGCUGCAGCAAAUGCAAAACUAGGUGAGAGUGAGUGCCGAAUGCCGUUGUGUGAACAAGUAGCGAGCAAGCAGACAAAAUUUAAGCCGGCCAACAGUGUGUGAGUUGAGAGAAACUAGAAGUAUUACUAAGCAGUAGUGAUCUCUAUUUAGUGCUAGUGUGUGUGUGUGAGAGAGAGAACAGUAUCCCCAUUCCCUCCUAUCGGGCCCGUCACACGUGCGUUGUUUAUGCAAAUCAAGCAAAAAAAGGUUACGUUUUGUGCUCGAUCUUUGUGUGGCUCACGGUAACACGGAACUGAUCGGUAGUUCGAAAAGUCGAUCAUAUUUUGCAAAUGAGUGAGCUUGACGUUUGAUCCAUUCCCAAAAAUUUCGCCACCAGAGUCGCCCCUUGUUUCGGAAUUUUUUGUUUGAAGAGAGGGAAUUUUAGGGCCGAAAAGCAAAGCACUUUACAAUACUUUAUGUAACCGUAUACCGCUUGCAUUUAAGCCUUAGGAGAAUUUGGUUUUUCUUGCACGCCUUUUGUACAACAGACAAGGUGUAGCAGCCAUGCACCAUGCAAAACAUUCCAACUAGCAACAUUAGAAAUUCCUGUGCUGUGCGGGAAACACUCGAAACAGAGCUCUUUUUAGAAGGUGUCGAUCCUUUUACAGCACACAUGACACAAGCCGGUCUAUUGAUGUAAGUGACGUUUUGUUGGUGUGUGUGAAAGCUGUACGGUGUUUUUGGGUGUGAUUGUACCGUGUAGGGCGAAUGCCAGCUGGCAAAAAUGAUGUGCUUUUGACGUUUCGUAGGCUGUACGAGGCGCAAUAGAUCACGGAAACUACAGAACAAUGAGUUGUCCUGCUUGCCUACUUCUAUUCCCACACUACUAUCCCCAGAUACUACUUACAAUAACCCUAACCCCCGAAACCAUUCAUCCAAAAAGCUGAAGGUUAAUUUCACCUAAAGUAGCAAUCAAACGCUAACCUGCAACAGGAAAAAAAAUAGAUAAAAACCCCAACACAGGUGUGCACUCUAAAGUUGUGUGUGUGUGUGUGCGCAAAUUGCUACCAUUAGGAAUAAAUGUCCUGCAAAAAAGCAUACAGCAGAACAGCACCAAAACGGGCACACUCACCACCACACACGCUCUAAACCAUUACAAACGCAAUUAUUUAGCAAAAAAUGCAAAGCAGUGUUUGUGCUACGGAAAGCAGUGUACUCCAACUGGUGGCUGUUUGUCGGUGGAGUAGAGAAACCAUUUGACUAUAGAAGCAAAUAGUAACCAAAAUAGGAAGAAAGCGGAAUGAAACGCUAAAGCAAAUGCCUAGCAGCACGCAGCUCGUAGUAUAUAGAAUGUAAGUCUGCAUACGAUAGGGCCCACUCACAGUAAAGUAAAAGCGCCAUUGUUUGUACGGGGUGGAAAUUGUAUUAAAAGGCACUAUUUGCAAAUCACACUUGGAUUGGUUUAAUGUGCGGAAUAGGGAAUGUGCGUGCCCUCUUUUCCGAUUGGCUACUCUCCAUUUGGCAAUAGGAAGGAGUUUUUUCAAUUAUUUGUCCUAUAAGUCUCUGUAUCAAACAUUCCAAAACAUUACUCCAGAAUGGCAUCGGAAGGCAAAAAGAAAAUACAAAAACCGAAACUUGUUUACUUACGUUUAACUUUUAAGCCAGCUGAACGCAGCAGAAGUCGUCCAAAAAAAAACAGAAAGAUAAACUCUUUCGCUGAUUGAUAAUAACACACACACACACAUAAAGAAAAUCUAGAAAUCCCAGAACUAUCACCAUUCAGACGCGAAAGCGUAACAAAACUACACUAGAUAACAGAUCAGACAGCUCAGCUUAUAGGUAACGCGAGCACGGACGGAGUAACGCAAAUUAUCGCCAAAUUUCCAUAGCGACGUGCUAACUAACAAUUAACCCCCAAACAGAAUGCAAAAACAAACGCAGUAGACGCAAGCAAACUUGUUGACGUUUCUGUGAACCGGUGACAGCAAAAACACUUCCCCAAAGUGAACAACAGCAUCAUCAUCAUCGUCAUCGUCAUCCUUGUUUCCGGUAUAUCAAGUGCUUCGGGGCAAAAUCAUUACCACUAAUGGAGAUUUUAAGGACUAAGCGUAGAACAGGCAAACAGGCAACAAAUCGAGGAUAAUGGGAGGGAGCAACAACUUUACAACUUGCAACUAAAGUCACCGAUAUCGCCGGUGUUGUGUGCCGUGCGUAUCAGGAGAUGAUGUAGAUGGUGAUGGUGGUUGUGGUGGUGAGCAAAUGGCUGAGCAGAGCAAAGAGACAGACAGACAUACACACAAAAUAAAUCAGUAAAGUACGAUGAA